UGGGACUGUUGGGAGUCGCGAAUUUAUGUGAAACGUUUGUCAUUUCUCCAGAAAUCAAUUAAUUCGGUUUAUAAUAAUUAAAGUAUAGUAAUUAAUCUCUAAAACAAUGACAGACGUUGCGUUAAAGGUAAAAGUCCAAGAAUACAAAGACUCUCUGAAGCAGAAGGCUGAACAUUUAAUAAUCAAAGGAUUUCCAGAAAAAAUAGUGAAAUUGAAUGAAUUACUAGAGAAAUCAAAUUUCCAAAGCCGCGACUUGGCUGAUGUGCAUCAGGAUUUAAACAUUCCAGUUCCGCCUCCUGCUUCUUCAGCUAAUGAACCAAAUGCUAAGCGCCCACGAGUGGACUCCUCCGAAGUGUCCAGCAACACUACUGUAGAAGGCACACGGGUGUACUCCCUGCCCAACGGCACAGUUCCGUGCAACAAACCACUCAGUGACCUCAUACAUCUUGUCAAGCCUCACAUCAGAGAACUUGUUGAAGAUUCUAAUCUACUGAAAAUGUGGAUCUCCUUCAUGAUUCCCAAAAUUGAAGACGGAAACAACUUUGGUGUAUCAAUACAAGAGGACACACUCGCAGAGAUUCAGUCGGUGGAGUCAGAGGCGGCUGCAUUUUUUGACCAAAUCUCAAGAUAUUUUAUUUCAAGAGCAAAGAUUUUGUCGAAGGUUGCCAAAUACCCACAUAUUGACGAUUACAGGAGAGCAGUCAGAGAAUUGGACGAAAAAGAGUAUCUUUCACUAUGGCUGGUGAUGUGCGAGAUCCGCAACCGCUACUGCUCACUUCACGACAUUGUCAUCAAAAACCUCGAGAAGAUCAAGAAGCCGCGUUCGUCUAACGCCGAAUCACUAUACUAGGCCUCCUCUAUCGCAAUUAGUAUUUUAGUCACAUGCAGUUGUAAGAAUAAUUCCUCGUGGACUUAAGAGUAAUUGAUGCUAUCGCGUUCCAUUUUUAUUCACUAAAUGAGAUAGCUAGCUGUUUUUUUACUUUCGACUUUUGCAUUGGAUUUUGUAACUCAAAUUGUACUUAGGUGCUAAAUAUCUUGACUAUAGUUAUUGUCUGAUGUUUCAAUUCAACAUCAUCACUUAUCACAUACCUCUUAUUCUCCAAUAAGAAAUAAUCUAAUUGGCCUGUAUUCUCUAUCAGCUUGUCUCAAGGGUGUGCCACAAAAUAAACGGUACAGAAGUAAAGCUUCAUAAAAAAUUUACAAUUGCCUACUUGAUCUUACACAUAAAACAUCGCUCAUGGACACAAAGUACUGGAACCGGUCGGAGCAGUUCUGUUUCACAGACGACACGACACGCGCUAUGUAACAUUUUUUGUGAAUGAUAGGGCACCAAAAAUUUACUUAUUCUAAUUAUUCUGCUUCUUUAAAUUCAGCUUUGAAUAGUGAAUCGUUUUUCAUACUUCCAGUUCAUGCCUAAACAAGAGUUGACCUAGCGCGACCGUCGAUAAAAAAAGGACGCACAAGCUUUACUUCUCUCCUUUUUGUGGCAUUUAUGCCCGUUUUUACCAUCAAUUCCUAAUUUUUAGUGAGCCCUAUGGAAAAAAAAAUCAUAUUAUGUGUUUUACUAUAGGCAUCACUUAAAAGUUAGGGAUUGAAGGUGAAAACGGGCAUUAGGCUACUAUAGGCUAUUAGGCAGUGACAUGUUUUCUUGAUAAAAAUCAAUAAAAUUUGUAAGUAACCCUCUCGUGGGUAGCUCUGCUGAGUGCUAUACCUCAGUCUCAGUAUUUGCCAGUGCAGUUUUCUAAUGGAGAAACAUUUAAGUAAAUUUAAUUUUAUCAAUGCCUUACGCCUUUAAAUUUGUAAAUAAGAAGCUUUACCCAGUAGGCCUUUACUUCAUCUGGUGAAUAAGAAUGGAACAUUUUGUCAUGUAGUGCUUAUAGCAAGGUGAUAGGAUGACAACAUAUUAACGAUAUCAUGAGACUGACUGUUAGGAUUAAAAUUUGUACAUGGUCAGCCAAUUUGUGGUUACCACAGGUCUUAACUUUGUUUUGUGUUGACGAAUGAACUUCUUUUAUCUGAUCAGAAUGCGACUAGUGCUAGGUCAACUUGCUAUAACACUACAUUUUUUUUCUAUGACAGUGAUUCCAAAACUUCUCAUAAUUAGAUCUUAAUUUAAGGGCAUACUAUAUUGGCAUAUUCUUAUUAGAUACUUAAUGCAGUUCCCUUUAAGAUUAAUGAAUGGACCUAAUUUAUUUCNUUUAUUUCUAGAAAAUUUCAGUUAUAAAGUGCCUGUAAAGAUCGAGGUUGACGAUUCCCAUCUACUUUAAAAGUGAUAUUGAUUGGCUGUUAGU